UUAAGCAAGAGCCUUUUAAAAACCGGUUAUUGUCUACCAAUCAGCAUGUGUUUUUGUGUAUAAAAACACGUGGUUUUGCGAGCGGGUUUUUCAACACAGAGAAACUAAACACAAAGCCAUGUCCCUGUACAAAACACCUACAGAAGCCAAGAAGCCGGAAUUGCCCCUGGAUGCGCCAGACCGUGUUCAGAAAAGAAGGCUCCUUUACAGUUGUUUUGCCAACGAGAAAGGGUUGUUGUCGAGCCCUGUGUUUUAUUCUGAAAGAGAACUGAAAAAAGAGGAGCCACAGCCAUUUGUAAAAAAUCAAGUGCGAAAAAAUUUGUUGUCAGAUUUGGAAAAAACAGAAUUAAAAGCAGAAGGGGGAAUGGAAGAAGAGCCUAUAUAUGAGGACAUGGCAACCGAGGAACAGCCGCAGGAUAGCGAUGUUGAAAACCAACCGAUAGACCCCGAGUUGUGGAAAGAUGGCGAUAUUGUUAUGAUAACCAAGCCUGGGCCGUACAAGAUUACUGCUUUGGUGUGUAACAAACUGCCAACAGUUGCAGAGACAGAAACACCCGAGGAGGCUGCUGAAACUAUGAUUGACGAAGGUGAUUCAGAAACAAAGGACACAAACGGGGUGUCAAUAGUAAAACCCAAAGAACAUGACAAGGAAGAUGAUAUGGGGUUCAACGGUGCGUCAGUCGAGGAUGAUGAUAAUUCAGAAUCAGACAAGGGUACGACCGAGACAUCUUCAGAGGAUGAAAAGAGGCGGCCUCUAAGCAGAACAGCCGUAAUAUGUACCUGUUGUUUUUGUGUGAAGCAAGAUGUUAAAAAAAAGUCUGUAAAAAGUGAAGAGAGUGACCAGAAAAGCGGUGAAGAAAAAGAGGAUCCAGUUAUGGUUGAUAUUGUUAGAGCUGUUGUAGUAAAAGCCUUUUACCACUGUUUGAAAAAACAACUUUUGGAAAACUGUGCAGCCUGCGCUGUAAAUAAGUCCAACCCUUUUAGUCACCCUUGUAUCUUUUGGGAUCGCUCAGAAGUAUUUUACCAGCUUAGACGUAUUUCUUCUAAACUGAACGCGGCCCAGCUGGUAAAUGUAAUUAUAGCUGAAGGCUACAAACUGAAAAAGCUUAACAUAACCACUGAAACUAUAACCAAAGUUGUUAAAAUGAUUAGGGAGGUUGGAAAAUCAUCUGACCCGGUGGCCUUGCUGGUAGAUCUGUCAAAAGAGGUGGCCCCCUAUAUUGGCCGAGCGGUGUGUAGCAGGGUUCGCCAAAUGGAUUAUAAAACUUUUUACAUGCAAGGUUGUGACCCUAGAGGCUUAAAAAAUAUAUAUUAAUUAAAAUGCAUUGUUAAAAAAAACUGUAUCACAGUUUUUAUAUUAUUUUGCUUAACCGUUAAAAAUGUAUGUAAUUGUAUCGUAUAUUACUUUACUGCUGCUUUAAAAGUCAAAUGUGUAUAAACGUUGUUGUGUUAAAUAAAAACAAAAGCAGAAACAAA